AUGGACGUGUACACUUCGCACCGGCUGGGGUCGCCCCGCGCGCGGCUCCCCGGCAGCUCCGGCCGCGGGUCGUCUUUCGUCAGUGGCAGUCGACUCCGCCAGGUUCAGAGCAUCCUGACCCAAAGCAGCAAGUCUCAGCCUGAUGGAAUCCUCUGCAUCCUAGGAAUUGAUAGCAGGUACAAUGAAGGCUGCCGAGAACUGGCAAAUUAUCUUCUGUUUGGUUUAUAUAAUCAGAAUACCAGUGACUUUGAGAAAACAGGAUUUUCUGAAGAAGUUUUAGAUGAUGUGAUUAUAUUGAUUAAAUCAGAUAGUGUCCAUCUGUACUGUAACCCUGUCAACUAUCGUUAUCUGUUACCCUAUGUGGCACAUUGGAGAAAUCUGCAUUUCCACUGCAUGACUGAAAAUGAGUAUGAAGAUGAGGAAGCUGCAGAAGAAUUUAAAAUUUCCAGCUUUGUGGACAUGGUUCGAGACUGUAGUAAAAUUGGCAUUCCUUAUAGCUCCCAAGGUCACUUACAGAUAUUUGAUAUGUUUGUGGUGGAGAAAUGGCCAAUUGUACAGGCCUUUGCACUUGAGGGCAUUGGAGGGGAUGGAUUUUUUACCAUGAAAUAUGAGUUGCAAGAUGUGAGUUUGAAUCUGUGGAAUGUUUACAGCAAGAUGGAUCCUAUGUCUCUGGAAAAUUUGCUUUCAGAAGAUUUGGUGGCUUUUGAGCAUCAAUGGACUAGCUUCUUUGCUAAUUUUGACACAGAAAUUCCUUUUCUACUGGAACUUUCAGAAUCUCAAGCGGGUGAGCCAUUCAGAAGUUAUUUUAGUCAUGGAAUGAUCUCCAGCCAUAUAACUGAAAACAGCCCCAGUCGGCAGCCAUUUGUUCUCUUUGGUAAUCACUCCACACGAGAAAACCUGAAUGCUGGCAACUUCAACUUCCCUUCUGAAGGACACCUAGUACGCAGCACUGGUCCUGGUGGGAGCUUUGCCAAACACAUGGUAGCACAGUGUGUCUCACCAAAGGGACCUCUGGCAUGUUCAAGAACAUACUUUUUUGGAGCUACUCACAUUCCUUACUUGGGUGAUGAUGACAAGCUACCCAAGAAUGACAAGCUUCUCAGGAAAACUGAACAAAUGCUCUUGUCCCAGAUAUAUGCUGCUGUUAUUGAGGCUGUUUUGGCUGGCAUUGCAUGUUACACUAAAACUUCCAGCCUAACAAAGGCCAAGGAGGAAGCAGAGCAGAUUCUGGGAUCUGGGUUAGAUUCCUUUGAGUUGAUUCAGUUUAAGGCAGCCCUCCGCUCCAAGACAGCUUUUCAUAUACAUGCUGUGAAUAACCAGGGAAGAAUUGUGCCUCUGGACAAUGAAGAUAGCUUAUUCUUUGUGAAAACGGCUUGUAUGACUGUCUAUGACAUUCCUGAUUUGCUGAGAGGAAGAGGGUGCUUAGGAUCUGUGGUCUUCUCAGAAUCAUUUUUGACAUCUCAGAUCUUGGUUAAAGAAAAGGAUGGCACUGUUACCACAGAGACCAGCUACAUAGUCUUGACAGCCGCCAUACCCCGAUUCUGCUCCUGGCUGGUAGAAGAUGAUGAUGUAAAAUUGUCUGAGAAAACCCAACAAGCAAUGAGGGGUGAUGAGUGUUUCCUGGGAAGUUUUCUAACAGAAGGAGAGGGAGUAUAUCUUUAUUCUAGUAGUCUGCAGUCCUGCCCUGAGGAAGGGAAUAUACAUUUCUACUCUAAUGGUCUUCUGUUUUCUCACCGUCAUCAUGGAAAUAUCAUCAUUUCCAAGGAUCACAUGAAUUCCAUUUCCUUCUAUGAUGGGGAUUCCAUCAGUGUAGUGGCAGCCCUUUUCAUAGACUUCAAGAGCUCAUUACUUCUUCAUCUCCCAGUUCAGUUCCAUGGACCAAGCAGUUUUCUGAUGAUUGCCCUUUUCCCAAAAUCAAAAAUAUAUCAAGCAUUUUACUCAGAGGUCUUCUCCCCCUGGCAACAGCAGGAUAACUCAGGGCUUUCUUUAAAAGUGAUCCAGGAAGAUGGAUUAUCUGUGGAACAAAAGAGAUUGCACUCCAAUGCACAGAAGCUCUUCAUUGCCCUGAACCAUCCUGCUGGAGAGAAGUGGCGUUCUCAAAAGUUGCUCCCAGCAAAACUCCCAGAGCUGGACUGCUUUCUCCAGCAUUUUGCUGUCAGCAGCAUUAGUUGGGAACCUGUGAUGCGGAUCCAUCUUCCAGUCCUGCUGCAGCAAGCUGAAGUCAGCCCUACUCACAGAGUAGAAAAUGACAAGGUAAUUAUCAGCAUUGUAACUGGUCUCCCAGGCUGUCAUGCUAGUGAACUCUGUGCUUUUCUGGUCACUCUGCAUAAGGAAUAUGGCAGGUGGAUGGUAUACCGCCAAAUUAUGGACAGCUCAGAAUGUUUCCAUGCUGCACACUUCCAGAAAUACCUUUCUAGUGCCCUGGAAGCCCAGCAGAACCGCUCUGCCCGCCAGUCAGCCUACAUUCAAAAGAAGACCAGGUUAUUGGUAGUCUUACAAGGCUAUACAGAUGUUAUUGAUGUUGUCCAGGCUGUGCAGACACAUCCAGACCCAAAUGUCAAGUCUCUCUUCACCAUUGGUGCCAUCACGGUGUGUGUGGAGCCCCUGAGCUGCUACAUGGAACACAGAUUUCUCUUCCCUAAAUUUCUUGAUCAGUGCUCACAAGGUCUGGUUAACAAUGUGGUGUUCACCAGUCACACUAUGGAGCAAAGGCACCCUCUCCUUGUGCAGCUGCAGAGCCUUAUCAGGGCUGCCAACCCUACCGCAGCCUUCAUUCUUGCAGAAAAUGGGAUUGUUACCAGGAAUGAAGACAUUGAGCUGAUUCUCUCAGAAAAUAGUUUUUCAAGUCCUCAGAUGCUACGAUCUCGAUACUUAAUGUACCCUGGCUGGUAUGAAGGAAAAUUUGAUUCUGGAUCCGUCUUUCCACUAAUGGUUCAGAUCUGUGUAUGGUUUGGUCGACCCCUGGAGAAGACUCGCUUUGUAGCUAAGUGUAAAGACUCAGAAAGGACCAUGGAGGUCUGUUACAACACUCUAGCCAACUCCCUAAGUAUUGUGCCAGUUUUGGAGGGACCCACACCACCUCCUGACUCAAAAAACACAACUCAGGACAAAAGUGGGCAGCAGGAGUGCUACCUUGUGUUCAUCGGCUGCUCCCUGAAAGAGGACAGCCUCAAGGACUGGCUUCGGCAGUCAGCUAAGCAGAAACCUCAGAGGAAAGCUCUGAAGACUCGGGGAAUGCUGACCCAGCAGGAAAUCAGGAACAUCCACGUGAAACGCCAUCUGGACCCCCUACCUGCAGGCUACUUCUACAAUGGCACCCAGUUUGUCAACUUCUUUGGUGACAAGACUGACUUUCACCCACGUGUGAUGCUGUCUGUCAGGCUCAAGGCUCUCUUCCUUAACCACAUACCAGUUAUGGACCAGUUCAUGAAUGACUACGUGGAAGAAGCCAACCGGGAAAUUGAGAAGUAUAACCGUGAACUAGAACAACAGGAAUACCAUGACCUCUUUGAACAGAAGCCCUAG